AUGCCAACAAUUCUUAGAAAUGGAAGCAAGAGAGUGGGGUUCAGCCCUCACAAUACCUACGACCCUAAAGCUCCAAAGUUCCUGCGGUCCUACAUUGAUGAAGGUAAGGCUCCAAAUCGCUACAGGUCAUCACCUGCAAGGCUUCUACGCCACAUUAAAGCCAAUGUAGCCAGAACCUUUAGCUUGUUCUCAACUAAGCGGACUUCCUGCAGCAGAAAUGGCCCUGCAGAUCCGAUUCCAAUUCACUUCAUUCCGCCAAGAGAUUCUCAUCAUUCUGAAGCUUUGGAAGACUGUAUUGAGUUUAUAAACUCCUCUCAUAGGAAGUCUCUGUGA